GUUUUUGGGAAGUCAGUCGGUCUUUCCCAAUUCCGGAAUUUUCUUCUAGGAAAUGAAGAGCGAAGCAGCUCCAAAGCAACCACUCUUCUGUCUAAAAUGGCCGUGGGACGCCGCCGAUCAGAAUCACCCCAGAAGAAACUCGACCCCCUGCUCCUACGACGGUCCAUGGCUGUUCAAAUCACUCAACACCCUGAGCUCCAUCGCCAUCAAUUCCUUCAACACGAUUUCCAAUUCAUCGACCUCAUGGGCGAAUAGCAGCUUCAAUUCGGUCAAAUUGGGACCGGCGAAGGGGAACGUAAAGGCGCUGACGGCGGAAGAGCAGGGGGAGGCGGAGCAGAUAGCUUUCGCGUCGGCUCUGGCCAGUGGGAAACAGGCGACGGUGCUUGAAUUCUAUUCCCCCAAAUGUAAGCUCUGCAACUCGUUGGUCAAUUUCGUGGCGGAGGUGGAGAAGCGGAACUCGGAUUGGGUCAGUGUCGUGAUGGCCGACGCAGAGAACGAGAAAUGGCUGCCUGAGCUGCUGCAUUAUGACAUCAAGUACGUACCUUGUUUUGUGAUGCUGGACAAGAAUGGAAAGGCGGUGGGGAAGACUGGAGUUCCCAGCAGUCGAUUGCAUGUGGUUGCUGCCAUUUCUCAUCUCCUCAAGCUCAGGCGUCCCCACUCUACCACCGCUAUCACUACGCCUUCUGGAACGGGAACACCAACUCAGCCACCAUAACUCUCUUUGACUCCCCUCUGUCAAGUAUAAUAUUCUUAUGUAUAUUGAUCAUGUAAGACCCUCUUGUUCUUAUG